AUGUCAAGAGAUGAAUUGUUACGCCAAAAAUUCUUAUUAGAUAUUCUACGCCAAGUUGAAUUGCCUUUGCAGAAUCCUUCCCUCUUGCAGGUUAAUGUUGAGGGUGUUGCGGAUGCAAAUAUGUAUAGAGGGCCCAUCGACGAUGAUAUGCAAAUGGUAUUAGAUCUGGUGCGCAACAAUCGCCUAUUAGGACGCAACGUCAUGUGUUCGAUGACAAAUGAAAUCCAUCUGCGGCAAUUAUUGGGUCUCUAUCGUCUAUUUGUUCGUGCUCGAGAUUUUCAAGCUUUGCAGAACUUAGCUAUUUAUGCCAGACGCUACGUUAAUCCAGUGCUCUUUGUAAAUGCCCUAACAUUGGCACUGCAGGAUCGCACCGAUACCGAAAUGUUAAUAGUUCCAGCCAUUUAUGAAAUUUUACCACGAAACUAUCUUGGUGAUGAAGUGGUACGCGCUGUGGAAGAGAUCGGACGGGAAACACCUCGUGUGACAGAGAAUACAAAUAGUGUCUCUCAAAGACCUAGUCUUUUGGAUCUAAUUAAAAUGCAACGUAAUGCUAAGCUGAAUUUUAAUCCCUUCUUCAUGGGUCUUGGUGUGGGUGUGGGUGUGGGCGAUGGUACUGGUGUUGUCUUUGAUAAAUCCCAGCUAUGGAUGCCAUGGCGUGAUAUGCAUCAACAAUUGGCCAUGCAAAGGACAAUGGGUAUUGGUGGUCGUCUGAUGAUGCCGCCUGAUCAGAAUAAGGAUAGUGUGCGUAUUAUACCCAUGGGUAAUAGUCAGGGUUUAUUAUCGGAUGAUUUGGGUUUGCGUGCAUUCCUAAAUAUUCUACUGGAUCAAUUAGUUGUGGAGCAGUCGAACGCUGUGAGGGUGGUAGAUAGUGAGAUGGAUGUUCAGACGAGUAACCGGAAUAAUGCAGAUGAUGUCCGCUCAAUGUUUAUGGGUCGCGAACGAAAUGUUAUAGGUGGCAUGGGAUCUGGAAAGCAGAACUAUGAGGAUGAUGAUGACGACAUGUUGAGGAGGAACCGUGUGCGAUAUAAUUUAGAUGAAAUUGAAAUGAGAAGAGGUGGAGGAUAUGAUGUAGAGCGGAAUGUGAAUCGACCCCUCAAUCGUAUUGAUUUGGAUGCUAGAGAAUCACUUCGUGAAAACUAUCCGCGUAUGGAUCAAAAUAUACCAACUAGACGGCAAUAUUUUGACAAAGAUGAGACUAUUUUGCGGAAUGAUCGGGAACGUGUGAAUCAAAAUCAAUAUUAUGACAACGAUGACAGUAUUUUGCAGAACGAUCGGGAACGUGUGAAUCAAAAUCUACCAAAUCGACGCCUAGAUGAUGAAGAUCGCAACGUGAUGAAUCAGGAACGACCUCAAUAUUUCGGCGGUAGCCCAAAAUUAAGUUUACUUAAUGGAAAAAUUGGUCUUAAAGGUCUAUUAAAUCGUAAUGUGGAUAGAAGUUCCGAUCUUAAUCGUAUGACGGGAAAUUCACCUGGAAUGCAACGGAAUUUUGUGAUGGAGAGGAAUGUGAAUAUGGAAAGAGGUCAGGGAACGAAUGCUAUGAAUAGAAAUCUGGGAGGAGUGGAUAGGGACCAGGGAAUAAACCGAAAUUAUGCCAUGAAUGAGGAUCAGGAAAGGAAUGAGAGGAGAAAUUAUGACUUGGAGAGAGAUCAGGAUGUGAAUAGGAAUUAUGGAAUCAGAAGAAACAUGGAAGGGGAGAGAAAUAUUGGUAUCGACAGAGAUCAGGGAAUAAGAAGAAAUUUUGGAAUUAACGAAGAUCUGCAAAAUAAUAAGAAGGGAAAUUAUGGCAUGGGAAGAGAUCAGGUAGUGAAUAGAAAUUAUGGAAUGGAUGAGGAUCUGCAGCGAAAUAGAAAUAUGGGAAUGAAUAGACAAGAUGAUCUGGUCCGAGUACCACUUCGCAGUGAUGUGAAUCGAAGAAAUCUCGGCUAUGAUCUGGAAAUGGAUAGGAAAGUUAACGCGAGAACUAAUGUACAGGGAUCACUGAACCGUAAAAACUUUGGCUAUGAUAUGGACAUAGAUAGAGAUCUUGAGAUGGGUGGAACAAAUAAUUUGUUGUUUAUGGUUAUGCCUGAUAAUGUGGACCGACGCAACGUAGGCCGUGAUGUGGAUAAGAGGGGAUCUUUUGGAAAUCUUGUAAAUAAUAGAAAUGAGGAUGAUAAUAGGCAAACAAAUAGAAAUUUGGGAAUGAGUAAAGAAGUUCGAGGAUCUACGGAAAAUAUUAUGAAUCGUCGGAACAGCGGUGACAAUUUUAAAUCAAUGGAGGAUGAUGGUUCUGUACGUGUUAGUUCCGGAAGAUUAGGUUUACUCAAUGGUAAAAUUCGCAAUACUAACCAGGAUGAUAUCCCACAAAGAAAUGUUGAAGAUGAUAUGCGCCGGGUACCCCGCAGCUUAAACCGCAUUACACCCCGCAAUGAAAGAACUCAACGUUUGGGUGAAUUGAUUUUCUAUAACCUGCAACAAUUGGUGGCACGUCUGAAUAUUGAACAGAUUGCAUUACAAAAUAGCGGAACGAAUGCAAAUUCUAUGAAUCGAUUAAAUCGUGUGGCCCUAACGCGUAAUACCAUGGGAAAUUUGGAUUCAAGUAACUCCCAAGAAAUGAUAAAUACUAUCAAAGAGAAAAUGCUCCAGAUUAAAGGUGCGGCAAUGAAUGCCAACACCAUUGUGGAUGUUAUGAAGGGUAUCGGACGUCUGAAUCAAAUCGAUACUUCGGAUAUGCAAUCAGUUCAAGGUCAAAUGGGUAGCUUUGAUAAUCGGGAAAAUAUGGAUCUCACAAUGCUGCAAAAUAUGGGUUUAGAUGACAGCACCUUUCAAGUUGUCGUCGAAAAAAUGCAAGAAAUUACCGAACGCCUUGAAAAUACCCUGGAGCAGAACAUCGAGCAUCUUGGCCAAAGGCAACAACAUUACAACAACUAUGGUCUCGAUGAUCAACCGAUUAACCAAAAAAUUAAUCGCCUCGUGUUAAAUGAAAUCCUACAGGAAGUUGUUUAUCUCUCCGAAUAUGUAGAGGGUGGUCAAAUCUCGAAUAUUCUUGAGACCCCUAUAACCCAAUUACUACUCCGUCACAUAGUCAAUACCAUUGAACGUCAAAUACAGGCACUGAGACCAACACGUAAUUUAAAUGACAUUGCCUUUGGUGAUGUCACCAUUAAUAACCUAAAAGUCGAUGAAUUACGAACCUAUACGGAAGAGGUUGAUGUGGAUCUAACAAAUAUCCUAAAUCCCAUCGAAGUGGAUUCUCAGAAAAUCAUAAUCGGUCGCAUGCCUCGCCUAAAUCACAAAUCAUUUACCAUAAAUUUGGACCUAAGCUCAAAUCGUAAUCAACGUGUUGUUCUACGCACCCUCCUAAUACCCAAAGUGGAUAGCCAAGGUCGCCGAAUAUCUGCGGAGGAACAACGUCAAAAUGUCGUACUACUUGAUAUCUUCGAUGUCAAUUUGACGCCUGGUCGCAAUGUCAUCAAACGUAAAUCCCGUGACAUAACCUGGACCGGACGAGAUGUUACCACCUACCAGGAAUUAUAUAAACGGGUUAUGACUGCCCUACAGGGUAACAUCGAUUUGACUUUGAAUCCUUUAAUGGGACAAACUACCCUAUUGCCACAUCGUCUACUAUUGCCACGUGGUCGUGUUGAGGGUCUGCCAAUGCAGUUGCUGGUUGUCAUUACACCUGCCGAUGAUGACACCCCGACAUCUAUGAUGUCAGGUCAAAUUGUAAAUACCCGUUUGGGUCUUGAUUCUCUAUUAUUAGAUAAUCUUCCCCUGACUUAUCCCCUGGAUCGUAAUGCCGGUGAUGUUCAGAAGCUCUUAACCCUACCCAAUGUUAUGAUGCGGGAUAUUUUGAUUUAUCAUGAGGAUAAAGUAAAUCGGCUACCACAAUAA